AAAUACGUCAUUAGCAGCUGUUACUGGCGCGCAGGAAUCCAAAUUAUUCGUGAAUAUUUUUUGAUGUCAACAUCAAGCUUCCGACCCCUCUUUGUCAUCAAACCACUGUCAAGAUCGAAACCUUUUUUGACAGAAUUGAGACUGGAAAAUCCAUGCAAGAAAAGGCUCUAAAUAGGACAAGGAAAAAAAUCAUUUUAUGAAGACAGUGCUUUUAGUGAAAUGUAAACAAUUUGACCUCUUGCAUUCAGCUUUUCUCAGAUAAAAUACAGGUAAUGUUUCUCAGAUAAACACUGAAUCUAUGUACAAAAAAAAUAAGUGAAUCCCAUGUCAUUAGCCAAUGUGCAGACAUUUUAUUUCAGUUACAAAGAUGGACACUAUGUACUUUAAUCUGAAAUUUUGAAGAAUAUCUGUUGAUUUUAUGUGUAGGUUUAUUGUUUAAUAUAGAGAAAGUUAAGAUGAUGAAUGCAAAGCAGAGUACCAGAGAUAGUAAAUAUUAUUGUACAAUUUGCAAUAAGACUUUUUCAACAAAGUCAAACUUUCUUAGACACAUGAGAAGCCCAAUACAUGUAGAAAAUGUACAAUAUUUAGACACCAAAGUAAUGCCAUCAGAAGUACAUAGAGUUAGGACACCAAGCUUUUGUGAUACAAAAAAUGUACAGAUAAAUAUGAGUAGUGAUAACUCUGCUCUGAAUAGCAGUACAACUGGGAUGUUAGGGUUAGGGGAAAAAGAAGCAGAUGAAUGUGUGGAACAAACAGUGCAUGCUCCUUCAUUUGAAAGAGGUCAACAGAUCAAACAGGAAAGUGCUACUGUUAAAAAAGUGGAAGACCAUCAGGAUGUUUUCAAUCGAGUAAAUGAUUCCACUUUAGAAAGAAUAAGUAGUAGCUAUAAUUUUAAUCAUGAACAGACUGUGGACAAUGCCCGAGGCAAGAACAAAAUCACUAUUGUAAUUGACCAUGGAUAUACACACCAGUUGGACGAGACUAGAGCUGAUGAAUACAAUAAAUGUAUUAGGAAUGAUACUGGUGGUGUUGGUCAAAAACAAGAAUGUGAAGUGAAUUCUUCCACUUCUGAUCAAGUUUCAUAUCAAGUUGAAAACAGCACUGAGUAUUCUUUGGAGAGCCUCUAUGACCAGAUCAUUGCAAAUGGUAAUGACCUGUCCACCCGAUAUGGCAGUCAAGAGUGCAGUAUUCUUGGCUUACAGACUGCUGUUGCUGGUAUGACCAGCCCACAUAGAGAGACAACAGCCAACAGUAUCUUUAUUAUGCAACUCACAUCUCAGGAAGGCAGCAAGGACCUUGGUACCUCAACUGUGAAGCAGCCUGUAGAAAUGGAUUGUUCUGCUGAAAGUAACAAAAAUGUAAACCACCUAGAGACCAGCGGAGGAAUAGAAGCACACUCCUCAAAUGUUGAAUAUAACCUCACUAUAAAUAAUAGAACCCAAUCCAAAAGUGAAUUGAGACAAGAAGACAAUGAGAAAAUAUCCCAUCAGAUACUAGCUGCUGAUGUUAAUAACUCAAAUAAUGUGCAACUAAGCGAUACCUUGGGGCUUCCAGUUCUGAAUGUGGAUGAUCCAGCCCUUGGGUUUAUGACAGUUUAUGAAAACCAUAACUGUUUGGAGUCCGCUCCAAUUGACAUCAGUCAGCAGUGUAUGGAUGUGUUGUUUGAAACUGAUACACAACAAAUGAGAGAUAAACAGGUGCAGAAUGCCAGUGGCAAGGCAAAGGGUGUGACUGCUCUAUCAGAUAAUAAGUGGUCUAAGGAUCUGAGGAAAAGGAGAGCAGUCUCAUUGAAUGAAGCGGAUGAGGGGACUUUUUUCUGCUGUGGUUAUUACUACUCUCAAAUAGGUUCCCUUUAUAAACAUUUCAGGUCGAAAAAACAUAAGAUUAGUUCAGGUGAAAUGGACAGUGACAAACGUCGUAACAGUCUGAAUGCUGCCUUGGAGUCUCUGAGGCAUCAAGCAAGUGAGAACAUUUUAAAGGAACAAAAAAUGUCUGAAGGAAUAGCUGCUGAUGGGACAUUUUUCUGCUGUGGUCAUUACUUCGCUCGCAAAGGUUCUCUUUAUGAACAUUUCCAAUCAAAAAAACAUAAGAUUAGUUCAGGUGAAAUGGACAGUGACAAAAACCCAUUCAAGUUACCUUAUACAUGUUGUAACAAGGUGUACAAACGUCGUAACAGUCUGAAUGCUCACUUGAAGUCUCUGAGGCAUCAAGCAAGAGAGAAGAUGUCAAAGAAACAAAAAAUGUCUGAAGGAAUAGCUGCUAAACAGGAUGCCAUGUCAGAUUCAUUAUCAGAAAGCCGUAAAAGCAUUGUAAAUAAAGACAGUAAUGACCUUGGUGCUGGUAGUACAUUCAGCCCAAAUGUGGAUGCCAUUAAGGAAGAUGCAGAUAUGGAUGUUUCAACAGGGGACAGUUUGUUGAUUGACAAUUUAGAUACAAAGAAGAAAUUCAAAAAGAAAGUUUUUAGCAAAAUGUAUUGCAAUGUGUGUCAAAAAGUAAUUGUAAGUAAAAGUGCAAAAUAUCACGAACUUUCAGAUCUGCAUAUGAUGGCCGUUCUUGCCUGUACAGAAUUGCCAGAUGAAAUAUUUACAAAGUGUGCUGACAAAGUUUCUAACACUGGUCAAACAGCAUCUGAAAAUAUCACACAUUUAACAAAAACUGAAUAUGUAUUACCGGAAGUAUCUAAAAUGGAAGAUUCAUAUAUUCCAAACAAAGCUCAUGCAAUGCCUGAGAAAAAAUGUUCAGAAAAAGCUGCUUUGAGUUCAAAAAAAGCUGCUUUGAGUACAACAAAAGCUAAACACACUCGAUAUUGUAGCGUGUGUAAUGUUGAGGUGAUUCGAAGAAGUUUGACAAGACAUUUCACAACUUUAAAACACAGAAUAGCGUUGCUACAAAAUACCGUGAAAACAGAAAAAGAUGAUAUGGUUAAAGAUAAAAACAAUGAACAAAAAAGGAAUGAACAAACUGAUGAGGGUUAUACAGUGGCCAUGGAUUGUGGAGAUUCACAUUGUUUAGAUGAUCAUGAUGUAGUUGAUGGGCCAAAUAUGGAUUUUGCUGAGGCAUUUUUGUGCAGUGUUUGUGGUGCAUUUUCAAAUACAAAAACCUGCGAGAAUAGUCAUGAUCUGUUUCUAUAUUCAGCUGCAGCAACUGACAGUGAAGUUGUAACAGACCUGGAAGCAAAUAACAGUGACAUUGCUCCUGACAUGGUUCCAAAUUACAGUAAAGUGGUUACCGACAUGGCCAGCAUUGCUGACUAUGAAGGUGAUGAAAAGGCCAGCAUUGCUGACAAUGAAGGUGAUGAAAAGGCCAGCAUUGCUGACAAUGAAGGUGAUGACAUGGCCAACAUUGCUGACAAUGAUGGUUAUGACACAGCCAGCAUUACUGCCAAUGACUCCAGUAUGAUGAUCUUCGAAAUUGUCACUGCAAACGCAGCCGCUGUCUGCUUGGAUAAUCAUCUGCCAAAAGGCAAAGAUCAAGUCUGUAAAUUAUGUGAACAAACAUUCAAGACCAUGGAUCUACUUCAUAAGCAUGUGCUUGGCCACGUGGGUCAAUUACCUUUCAAGUGUAAACUUUACAUGACAAAUAAAGCACACUUGUGAGCUUGCUUGUAGUUUAUGUGACAGUGAAUUAAUUUGUUUAUUAAAAAUAAUUAUGUUUUCUAGUUUAAUUUUAGUUAUUGUUUUGCCUGAAUUGUUUCAUGUUUUCUUUAUAUAUAUAAAUAUAUAUAUAUAUAUAUAUAUUAUAUAAUUAAAAACAUCAGUAUAAUUAUAUCAGUAAACAGCAUUUUGUUAUUUUAGUUUUUGUUUCAGCUUUUUUAUGUCCCCCACCACUAUAGUGGGCGACAUAUUGUUUUUGCCCUGUCUGUUUAACUUGCCAUAACUUUUGCAAUAUUGAAGAUAGCAACUUCAUAUUUGGCAUGCAUGUGUAUCUUAUGGAGCUGCACAUUUUGAGUGGUGAAAGGUCAAGGUCAUCCUUCAAGGUCAAAGGUAAAUUUAAAAAAUCAAAGCGGCGCAGAAGGGGACAUAGUGUUUCCGACAAACACAUUUCUUGUUCAGUUUUAUAUUUUCAUAGCACCCAAUAGAAAUAUUUAUCUUUCAUUGCUUGUAAAGUAUGACAUAACAUUCAAAUAUAUGUUCUAGUCAUUUGCUAAUGCCUGCUUUGAUAGAUAUUAUUGAUUUUUUUGCUAUCUACCAUUCUUUAGAUUUCAGUUCUGUUGUGUUUUGUGUGCAAUUAGAAAUUGUGUUAUAAAUUACUUUAUUUUA